AUGGAUGAAGAUGCGGAUGAAGAAAUAAAGGUAGACAUGGACAAUAUUGACGAUGAUCAUUCUAAGACCAGCCAGAGCUCUGAUGAUGAAUCUGAGGACGCCCUACACUCAGCUGCCGAUACAGAUGGAGGUGGCCCUUCGGGUCCUUCUGACGGCUCCUCAGGAGGAAGAAGAAGAGACGAGGUGUCCGCUAUAGUGGUGUACCGGAUAAGAGGAAGAGAAGCGACCCCCGUAAACAGUCCUGCCGCUGCCAGAUUUCGCGAGCCAUGA